AUGGCCAGCGAGCCUUUCAAAGCGAUCAUCAUCGGCGGAGGCCCUAGCGGUAUCACCGCCGCACACGCCUUCUACCAUGCCGGCAUCGAUUUCGUAGUCCUGGAGAGGCGGACAAACAUUGUAGAAGAUCUUGGCGCAAGUCUCGUCCUCGGUCCUACGAGCAUGCGCGUCUUCCACCAGCUCGGCAUUCUAGACAAGCUCAUGGAAAUCGGCAUGCUCCUGGACGACAACAGGGGCUUCACCACCGACGGUUUCAAUUUCAAGCAGUCCUCAGCAUUUGACCUUCUGAAGGAGCACCACGGCACAACGCCCCUCGCGUUCCACAGGGCGCAUCUCAUCCAGGCCCUCUACGACACCCUCCCCGAGGAUGCCAAAACACGCUACCACACCGGCAAGAAGCUCGCCAAAAUCACCACCACCGACACCGGCGUCAUCGUCAAUUGCGAAGACGGCUCUUCCUACGCGGGAUCCGUGGUCAUCGGCGCCGACGGCGUGCACUCCGCCACCCGCCGCCAAAUGCGCCGCCUCGCCCUCGAAGAAGACCCGGCCCGCGAAUGGGACCCCGAGAAGCCGUACGAGACCAACUACCGCUGCAUGUGGGCGUCGUUCCCCCGUCCCACUGCCGCCGGUCAGAGCUACGAGACGCAGGGCGUGGACCAGUCCGUGAUGUACAUCACCGGCAAGGAAAGGGGCUGGAUUUUCUGCUACGAGAAACUGCCUGAGCCGACGAAGGAGCGGAUCUCAUUUACCGAGAAGGAGCUCGAGGAGUACGGCGCCCGGUUUGCGGAGUGGCCUAUUACCGGCACCCUGAAAGUCAAGGAUGUCUUUAAGGAGCGCUACAACGCGGGCGGCGCUGGCCUCGAGGAGGGCAUCUGCAAGCACUGGAGCUUUAAAGGCCGGAUCGUGCUUGUGGGAGAUGCGGCGCAUAAGUUUACGCCGAAUGCCGGUCUAGGGUUCAACAACGGCGUGCAGGACGUCGUCGCAGUCUGCAACGGCCUGCGCAAACUCAUUGCCGAGUCCAACGGAACCCCUGGAUUUGACGCAUUGGAGAGCUUGUUUGAAGAGUACAAGACCGACAGGAUGGAGGGACUGGAGAAGGACCUGGGACAGUCUGCGCGCCUGACGAGACUGCACGCAUGGGCUACGACGAAGGACUGGUUCAUGGCGAGGUACAUCUUGUCCUGGGGCUUCAUGCAGAGGAUUCUCUUGGCCUACAUUGUGUCACCGGCAAUCCAGAAGGCCAAGGUGUUCGACUUUAUCGCGGCGUCGGAGCCGUUCGAGCCGGGUUCGUUCAAGUGGCUGCAUCCGCUGCUGAACACCGUUUCCAAGAACCGGGCGCUCUGA